AUGAAGUAUGAACUUUACGACCAAUCCCAUCAAAACGGAAGCGACGUUUUGCCACGGUUGCAACUCCAAUCUGUAGCCGUUUCACUUUCAAUUUAUUAUAAGCAAGACUCGUGUGCCGGGAAAUAUUACCACAUCCACCUCACCACCUCCAUUCACUUGGCAACUAACAAAAACAAUGACAAAACAGAGUGGUGCCUGAGUUCCUCAGGUUCCAACGAAGCAGUGGAGAAACGACGAUCUAGUUCACCACGAUCUGGAAGAUCUGGAAGAUCUAGAAGUCAUGAAUCUGAAGAAAGCCUGAAAUUACAGAGGAAUAAGAAUUUGCAGGAAUCCAAAGAGGCAAAUUUCUCAAGGCAACAGUCUUUGGGGGGAUCGAAACGAGGCAGAAGCUCAGAACCCAGAGUAAACCCUGAGAAUGACACAACGUACAACCUGUUUGCAAUCUGCAAUCACACUGGAGAAUUUGGUGGUGGCCAUUAUGUUGCUCACAUUAGACCAGAAUCCUCCAGUAAAUGGUACUGCUUUGACGAUUCACAUGUCGCUGAGGUGGAAGACUUUGUUUAUGAAGCAUGCCGUGGCAAUGGGGUGCCCUGCAUAAGAUCAUCUACAGCAUAUUUGUUAAUGUACAGAAAGGAGAAAGCCAACAUCAUGGAAGAAUCUGUUGGGGACACUGAUACAGAUGCAAAAGCUCAAAGGAUCAAGACACAACGAAUAUGUGAUGGAGGUAACAGAGGUCAACAGAGCGAUGAAACUUUCUAUCCAAAUUUACAAGGUCCUCCAGGCAAGAAUCGUACACCAGCAAAAAACAGAGAUGAAAUGAUAAGAACAAGAGAUGGCAGAAACCAGACUGAAACUGUGGUAGAUAAUAGGGACAAACCAACUGUAGGUGACAAGUCAGGUGAAAUAAAUAUUAAAAGCAGCAAAGAAACAAGAGCAGAAAACACAAUAAGUCAGAGUAGCAACAAAGUGAAAUUAGAACAAGCAGAACUGACCGAUGUAAUAAGUGAAAGGAAUGAUAAUGAAAAGAUUCGAUUGAUAACAAAUACAGCAAUGGAAACCUGCACUGAGGUAGAAUCUGAGAAAUCGGUAGAAGGAUUAUCAGUUAUCAACAGCACAGAAGCAGAUGACUCCAUGUGUAACUGUGGAUGUUUCCACCUUAACUUUGCACCUAUGGUCCAAGCUAUCUCAAAUUUACUGAACUGACUUUUUUGCUGUUGGGCAAAAAAUAUCUGAAGGGAAGAUGAAAUUAGUAACAAUCAAUUAAGCAAAAUAAAACCCUUUCAUUCAGUUUUCUAAAAUUAGUUUGGUUAUAAAUUAGUUUUUGUGAAUUCAGAAGCACAUUAUUUGCAUAUCUGCAAUGUGGAUUGUCAAGUCAGAUCUGUGCAUUUUAUUCGGGUUUAUUCAUAAUUUUAGUUUCAGUUUUUAGUUUUUGAGAUACAGCGCGGAAACAGGCCCUUUGGCCCACCAAGUCCGCACUGACCAGCGAUCCCUGCAC